AUGGCCCGGAAGAGAGGUGUUGGGUCCCCGCUAGGGACAUCCUGGACGCAGGCCUCAUCGCGGAUUUCCAAUGCCGGCAACCCGCUCAACCAGGUGAACCUCCGAGGGCGCACUGUACUGUAUCAUAUUAAACCGUCACUGGACAAGUGUAACAUCAAAAAAGUGUCGCGCAGAAUCCAGGGCAAUCACAAGUGGUCGAGAAAGAGUGGGGGGAGAGAAGUUCUUCACAAAGGUCCAGCGUUUGGGCGCAAAAGGGUGGAUUCUUUCAGAUCGGGCUCUAGCAUAGGACUGUCUCCCUCUCCCAGAGAUCGACAAUCAUCCAUGAGUUUUGAUCAGGAGCACUCACAACCGGGGACAAUGGCCGGAGUUCAGGCGGGAACACUUGGCUUCCCAUCUGAAUCGUUGUGCGUAAAGUACGGGGAAUUUUUAAAACACACCGCUGCCGCCGCAGCAGCCGCUGAGAGCAGUGGCGGGGAGCAGAGUCAGGAUGAUGACAGUGAUGGCAUUGGCAGGAGUGACAUGGUGCUUUUUCCUGAGGAAAGGCUCAUGGCAUCAAUGGCCAAAUGUGACGCAGGUAAGAAACACAAAGAGCAGAAAGUGCUGCGGCUGAACAUUAACGCCCGUGAGAGGAGGAGGAUGCAUGACCUGAACGACGCGCUCGAUGAACUGAGGUCGGUGAUCCCCUACGCGCACAGCCCGUCCGUACGGAAGUUAUCCAAAAUAGCCACUUUGCUGCUCGCCAAAAACUACAUCCUCAUGCAAGCGCAAGCACUUGAAGAGAUGAGAAGACUUGUCACUUAUCUUAACCAUGGACCCGGCGUUACCGCGGCGAAUACAUCUGGUGCACCCCGAUUAGGGCUCUAUGACCAGCAGACAGGAUACCCGUUCUCUGCUGGGACUCCAGACCCUUUCCAUAGCAAUGCAAAUCUCUUUAAUAAACACUUCAACCAUAAACCUUGAACAGUUGUGGCCGACGACACUAACAGGGGACUUCAAGCUUCGUGCACACAACUGAAUUGAUGGGACCAGCGUGACUGACUGAGAAGUAACCACAUUACCAAAAUAUGGAUUCUUACUGUAUAUGAUGAUGUUAUAUAUUUCAUGGUGAUUAUGUAUCGAAAUAGCUGUUGUUUUUGCAACACCAAACGAAAUGACAGCUCCAUAACAUGGUCAAAAUGGUGAGGCUAAUUUGUCUUUAACAAAUUAUAAUGCAAGUCCAGUCUAUUUAUUUGACCAUUAUGUAGGCCUUUAUUAAUUUUAUUCAGUUUGAAUCGAUGAUGUUCGAUGAAUAAAUUGUAUUGGUGAUAUAAUAGAGAUGUUAUGGUCUAUAUUUCUGCAUUAUAUACUAAAUCGUGUAUGUACAACCACACUUAACAUCUGAAAGUCACAAUUUAUCAACAAUUUAUUUCCAUCAAUUUAAGAUUGUUAUUAAUUGUCUUGUUUAAA